CGGUGCCGCGUGAAAAUACUCAAAAUACGGACGUAUUUCACACGAAAAAGAUCAAUCAAGAAGGACAACUCUUGGGAUCUAUUUAUCCAUUUCCAGGAAAUAAUAAAUGUUUUUUCAAUAACAACUUUAUCAAGUAGAUAUCGUCAUAGAUUAUAAUUAUUUAUAACAGCUAGUUAUUUUAUAUGGUUGAACAUCACAGGCAGCGUAAAUGUAUCAUAACGACAAUGCUUUAAACAGCAUGUCGUGAAUAUUUAAACUGACGGAGUCGCGUAAUGCUGGUUGUUUUAUAUUUGAAUGAUCAUGUCCACCAUCUUCUGUUGGGGCAAUGGUCAAGACGGACAACUCGGAAUUCGGGUACAAGAUGAUAAGGUUGUCUCCCAACCCAGCCAGCUGACCAUUGGGGACGGCAAGGAGGUGGUGGAUGUUGCGUGCGGUGGGAAACACACGCUGAUCACCACAGAGGGUGGCAUGCUGUACACGUGUGGAAACAAUGAUCAGGGUCAGCUGGGGCAUGACAAACCUUCAAGAAGGCUAGAAGUUUUGGACGGUCUGAAAGCACAGCAUGUGAAAAAGACGAGAGCUGGGGACUCUCAUAGUCUAGCAUUGACAGCUGCUCAUGAAGUGUUUAGCUGGGGAGACAACUCUUCUGGACAACUGGGCAGGGGACAACCGGAUGAUGAAACCAGGAGGAUUCCAAAACUGGUAAAACAGCUGGCAGUUCACUCGGUGUUACAGGUGUGCUGUGGAAGUAAUCAUUGUGUUGUUCUUACCUGUGAGGGGUUGGUUGCCACAUGGGGUGCCAACAACUUUGGUCAGCUUGGUCUUGGCACCAAACAGGGUUUGAAGGACACCCCUGAGUUUAUUAAUUGUCUGAAGGGAAUUCCCAUUGCACAGAUCGACGUUGGUGGUAACCACUCGAUUGUCCUCUCGAAAUCUGGUGCUGUCUACGGGUGGGGAAGAAACAGCUUUGGUCAGCUGGGUGUAAAUGAUGAGAAAGAUAAACCGUUUCCAACUCUAUGUCGUUCACUGCGGCACCAGCGGAUCAAGCACAUAGCGUGUGGUGAAGACCACUCCACCGCUCUCACUCAGGAUGGUGGUGUCUUUACAUUUGGUGCUGGGAGUUAUGGCCAGCUGGGCCACACAACUAAUAAUAAUGAAAUACUACCCAAACAAGUCAUGGAGUUGAUGGGCAGUGAAGUAACUCAGACAGCAUGUGGCAGGCGACACACCCUGGCAUAUGUUCCGUCGUCAGGACAGCUGUAUGCGUUUGGUCUCGGUGGCAGUGGACAGCUGGGGACCGGCUCCACUGAGAGCAAAUCAACUCCAUGUCUUGUGAUUGGUCCGUUUAUGCCCGUCCCUCGUGCCAGUGGUUCAUAUAUGCACGUGGAUGGAGAUGAAAAACUUUCUGUGAUAAUACAAAAAAUAUUUGCUGGCGGUGACCAUUCCUUUGUUGUUUCAGUGGAUGCAAAAGUCGGUGGUAAAGUAGAUGACUACAGAGAGAAAGAUACAGAGACGCAGAUUCUGAUGUUGACGUCGUCACGCGUACAGCUCAUCUCACAGCUUAGAGUUGACGAAUUACCUCCAAUAGAACUGGAUGAUGAAGUUACCAAGAUAUUUUCUCAUGCAGCCUGCAUCAAUGGAUCGUUCUUACUGCUAAAUGACAGACACAGUGGAUGCAGCCGACAGAACCAUGGCAUCGACAUGGACAGUGUGCGAGAGAACUUCCAGAAAUUCAGUCAGACAACAAACAUAGUCAUUAUUCAGAGAAUAGCAAGUAGCAUAGAACAGGACCUGUUGCCAGGGUUACCGUCCUCCCCUCCUGAUGUGGAAGCCCUCCGCUUGUUUCUCAUCCUCCCAGAGUGCCACCUGUUUGAUCAGCCCAAGUAUUACAGCUCAAUUAUCUGCCCGUUCGGAAGGUGUAUCCUCAACCUCAGCGAAGUGGCUUCUAAAGUACUAGAGGCUUGGUGGUCAACGCUUAAGACAUCAUUUUUCCUUCGGGUAGUUGAUAUAUACAGGCAGUGUAUUGACUACAUUCUUCAGAUGCCAGACACCACGAACCCUCAAGAGAGUGAAAAGCGAGGGCAGGGCUUGUUUGUGUCAUUGGAGAUUCUGAAGAAACUCAAUAUUGUCAAUGAACAAAGUGGGCAGAUAGUGGAGUAUCACAAGUUUUACAUCUCAGAACUGAAAAACCGAGUGAACAUCAAGAAAGACUACGUCAGCUGGGUCCAGCAGAACGGACUUAGGCAGAAAGGUCUUCAUUUCUGCAACUAUCCAUUUCUGUUUGAUGCGGCUGCCAAGAGCAUGUUGCUACAGACUGACGCCAUGAUGCAGAUGCAGACAGCAAUAGAUGAAGUACACAGGCGGAAUUUCACCAGCUUGUUCUUGCCGAUUGACCCGGUUAAUCCCUGUCUGCUGCUGUUUGUGACUCGCACCAAUCUGGUCCGUGACACACUGGAGCAGCUCAGCAAACACAGUAGUGCAGAUCUCAAGAAACCGCUCAAAAUUGUGUUUGUUGGAGAAGAAGCAAUCGAUGGUGGUGGGCUGAAAAAGGAAUUUUUUCUGCUCCUGCUGCGAGAGGUUCUCGACCCAAAGUAUGGAAUGUUCAAAUAUGAUGAAGAAUCUCACCUGCAGUGGUUUAAUUCCCAGACGUUUGAAGACAAGAGCAUGUUUCAUCUGAUUGGAGUCUUAUGUGGCUUGGCCAUCUACAACUUCACCAUCAUUGAUCUUCAGUUUCCACAGGCACUGUACAAAAAACUCCUCAACAGAAAAGUGACACUGGAUGAUUUGAAGGAGCUGUUGCCAUCUGUGGGCAGAAGUCUACAACAUGUGUUAGAUUACGAAGGAGAUGAUAUAGAAGCAGUCCUAGGUAUCACGUUUGAGAUUUCUGUUGAUGUAUUUGGAGAGUUGAAGACACGUGAACUUUGUCCCGAUGGAGCUAAGAAAGCUGUCACGAAGGAAAACAAGCGGGAGUACGUUGAUCUGUACAUUGACUACGUGUUCAACAAAGCGGCAGAAACCCAGUACGAUGCUUUCAGCAGUGGUUUUCUCAAAGUGUGCGGGGGCCGUGUGUUGGAACUAUUUCAUCCUCAGGAACUGCAGGCGAUGGUUGUGGGAAAUGAGAAUUAUGACUUUAUUGAGCUGGAGAAAAACACUGAGUACAAGGGAGAGUACCACCGCUAUCACCAGACCAUCCAGUUCUUCUGGGAGGUCUUCCACGAGAUGUCCAUGGAUGACAAGAAGAAGUUUCUUGUGUUUUUGACCGGCAGUGACAGAAUCCCUAUCUUUGGAAUGCAGUAUGUCAAGAUUGUGAUUCAGCCUACAGGGGGUGGGGACGACUUCUUGCCAGUAGCUCACACGUGUUUCAACCUGCUGGACCUGCCCAAGUACUCGUCCAAGACGAUCCUCAGGGACAAACUUGUCUUAGCCAUACAACAGACUGAAGGCUUUGGAUUAGUGUAGCACAAGCAGGCAACAUUUGGUUCCGAGAAACACUUAGAGAUAGAGGAUACGGUAUUCAAUCAGCUGGAGACUGGUGUUUAUUUCAUGUGAUGAACCAUUCAUGCAACAAAAACUGUAAACUGUGGAGUUUUCUAUUCAGGAGAAAUAUUAUGGUGAAUUCAUUUCAAUGGCGGGAUUAUGUAACAAGUAUUAACUAUAUAUGUUUGUCAUUUUUGUGCAUGUGUAAAAAAAACGUUAUGCAAAAUACCUGAAGAAAUGAUUAAAGAGACCCCCCUGAGUUUGCUGCCAUGGUAACAUGUAGCACAUUCAGAGCCUUUUUGAUGACUAAAACUACAUAUUACGGACAUUUUCCUAUUUAGAAUAUCAGUGUCUGUCUAAACAAGGUGUUUGUUGUUGUCCUAACGUUUGUAAUAGCUUAAACCAGAUUUUACCUUCUAAUAAUUCCGAACAUGUAAACAAAUAUCUAAAUGUAUUUAAUAUGUAAUUUUCGUCGCCAAAAAGACUGUUGGUCAGAAACAUCUUACAAUGGCUGCAAACUCGGGACAAUCCAUUUAAUGGAUAACAUUUUAACAAACUCGAUAGAUUUGUGAUUUGAAUUUAAUGUGAAAAGAUUUUAUUCAGUCCUUUGAGUUGAUGUAGUCUUUUUUUUAUGUGACACUGUACUUUUAUUAGUGGACAAACAGAUGUGGAUUAGUGUCGUUUAUCACAAGCAGCAAUUCUUCUUUUAGCUGAGCUACAUUUGUUUUGUAAAAUUAAAUGAGAAAUUAAUAUUG